CAUCAUCGGUGUCAGUUGGUUGGGUGGUUUUUUUCUUUAUUAUUUUUACAUUGCUUUGGACUCAUGGCUCUUAUACACUUCUUUGUACUCUUUUGCGAGGCGUCACUACCAAUAGAUGGAUGGGAUAUCUUGUGAAUUGUUUCUGUCCCUUCUGAUUCUCACUUCAGUGUCUGAUCUCCUGAUCACAUUCCCCCUUCUCCUCUCGGAACAUCUCCUAUCUCCUAUCUCCAAACCUGAGCAGCGGGGUUCGCUGCCCAGCUUUCGUGGUCCUUGUAGCCACGAGGAUGAAAAAUACCGACUACCAUUCUUGCUUCCGAUUGUUUUCCUUCUUUCCAUUCUGGGUUACAUUGAUAGACCUGACUUUUGUUCCUUCAUUCUUCGCUAUUUUCGCUAUAGACCACCUCGAGCAGGACGAGAGGAAUUACAACAAUAUACAUCAACCUUAAUUGGAAACAAUACAUAUCAUGGGCCCACUUUAGUAUCCUUUAGUACAGUUCUUUGUAUUUCUGUAGGCUUCGUAACACUUGCGAAACCGGUUCUGGCACUGAGACGAUAGCCUGGAAAGGUCUGGCCCGUGUCAGUUGGCCAUGGGGAGGCCGCGAUCGCGUGAUCCGGAUUGGCAAGUCAAUCAAGGAG